UCCUGUUUCAUUUUCCCUCUCCUCCUCACUUUUGCACGCCGCUCUCUCUCUCCCCCCCCGACCUUCCGCCUCCGCCCACCACCAUCCACUUCCGGCAACGAGCGCCACCCGCGCACCACCAUUGGCAACGCCCACCCACGGAAUCAGCUCGAAAUCCGGCGACGACGCCCACCGAAUUCCACCCGCGGAUCGCCACCGACAACGCCCACCAUCCAAGAUCCGGCCGGCCGAACGCCACCCACGGCACCAGCUCAGAGGAUUGUUUUGUCAAUAUCCGUUUUUUGCAGCUGAUUUGAUACUCGACCACAUUGCAAGCAAUGACAGUGAGAGCUGUGCCGGUGCCGCCAUUUCGAUAAGGCGAUGAAACUCUCAACUUUGCUCCUCCGACCUGCCUCCUCUCCCGAACGACCAUGCUUCUAUCGUCGCAGAGCUGUUACUUGCAAUCAAAUCUUGUCCACCCUCCAAAACUCCAGUCCAAUGGAACACGAUUUGGACCGCCUACUCCCCAAUCUCUCAUCCAACAUCGUCACCUCUGUCCUCCAACAAGUGCCGAACCCGAAACUAGGGUUCCGAUUCUUCAUCUGGUCAACGCGAACAGAGCUUCUCCACAGCCGGGCCUCUGAUAGUCUCAUUGUUGACAUGCUCGUUAAGGACAAACAUGGCUUUGACUUGUACUGGGAAACUCUCCAAGACCUCAAAAAUUUUCAAAUUCCGAUUACUUCCAAUGCUUUUAGGGUGUUAAUUGCAGGAUAUGCCAAGAUGGGUAUGGCUGAAAAGGCCGUGGAAGCCUUCUCUACAAUGAAAGACUUCGAUUGUAAGCCUGAUGUGUUUACUUACAACUGUGUAUUACAUGUGAUGAUGCGAAAGCAGGUCUUUUUGUUAGCGUUAGCGGUAUAUAAUCAAAUGUUGAAGUCUAAUUGUGGUCCGGAUUUAGCUACCUAUAACAUCUUGAUUGAUGGGCUUUACAAAAUUGGCAAGACUCAGGAUGCACUUAACUUGUUUGAUGAAAUAAGCCAGAGGGGUAUAUCACCAAACGAGAUAACUUGCACUAUUAUUGUUUCGGGGUUGUGUCAGGCGAAGAGGCUCGAUGAGGCACAUAGAUUGUUCAAUACAAUGAAAGAGAGUGGACUGUUUCCUGAUGCGUUUACUUGCAGUGCGUUGCUUAAUGGGUUCUGUAAAUCGGGUAGGCUUGAUGAAGCUUAUGCGCUUCUGCGAACCUUUGAGACGGAUGGUUUUCCUGUUGGACUCGUUGGGUAUAGUUGUUUGAUUGAUGGUUUGUUUAGAGCUAAAAGAUAUAAAGAAGCACUUGCAUGGUUCAGAAAAAUUCUUAAGGAGGACGUCAAGCCGGAUGUUGUUUUGUACACUAUAAUGAUUCAGGGGUUAUCAAAUGCGGGUAGGGUUCAGGAUGCAUUGAAAUUGUUAGGUGAGAUGGCUGAGAGGGAUUUGGCUCCGGAUACGUGUUGUUAUAAUGCUGUGAUUAAAGGGUUAUGUGAUAUCGGCCUUUUGGAUAAGGCUCGGUCUCUCCAACUUGAGAUUUCAAAGCAUGAUUGCUUCCCUAAUGCCUCCACAUAUACUGUUCUCAUUUGUGGUAUGUGUAGGAAUGGGCUGGUUGAGGAGGCACAACUGAUAUUCAAUGAUAUGGAGAAGCUUGGAUGUUUUCCUUCUGUUGUGACCUUCAAUGCUCUUAUUGAUGGACUUUGUAAGGCUCGGCAGCUUGAGGAAGCUCAUAUUUUGUUUUACAAGAUGGAGAUAGGGAGAAAUCCUUCCGUAUUUCUUCGGCUUUCUCAAGGUGCCAACCGGGGUCUUGAUAAGGUUAGUCUCCAAACAAUGGUGGAGCAACUAUGCGAGUCGGGAUUAAUUCUUAAAGCCUACAAACUUCUCACGCAACUUGCUGAUAGUGGGGUUGUGCCUGAUAUCAUAACUUACAACAUUCUGAUCAAUGGUUUUUGCAAGGCUCGGAACAUUAAUGGUGCUUUCAAGCUCUUCAAGGACCUGCAACUAAAAGGACUCUCUCCAGAUAGCAUUACAUAUGGAACACUUAUAGAUGCUCUUUAUCGGGUUGACAGAGAAGAGGAUGCAGUUGGGGUCUUCGAUCAAAUGCAGAAGAAUGGGAUUACACCUAGCGUUGCAGUUUAUAAAUCACUUAUGACCUGGUCAUGCAGGAAAAGAAAGGUUUCAUUAGCUAUUAGUCUUUGGUUAAAGUAUUUGAGGAGCCUUCCAGGCAGGGAAGAGGGAACCAUCAAAGCAGUAGAGGAACAUUUUGAGAAAGGAGAGGUGGAAAAGGCAAUCCGAGGCAUACUUGAAAUGGAUUAUAAAAUGAAAGAUUUUGAUCGAGGGCCGUAUACCAUUUUGCUCAUUGGGUUUUGUCAGGCAAGAAGAGUAGAUGAAACUAUGGCGAUAUAUUCUGUUCUUGAGGAUUGCAAGAUCAUUGUCACUCCCCCAAGUUGUGUUAAAUUGAUUCAUGGUCUCUGCAGAGAAGGGAAUCUGGACCUGGCGAUAAAUGUGUUCCUCUAUUCCAUAGAAAAAGGUUUCAUGUUGAUGCCACGAGCUUGCAACCGGCUGCUUUGGUCUUUACUUCGUUCCCAAGAUAAGAAGGAGCAUGUCCUGGAUCUUGUAAGUAAAAUGAAGUCUUUUGGAUAUGAUUUGAAUAGACAUCUUUACCGAAAUACAAAGGCCCUUCUACAUGGUCACAGGAACUCACGGGAAAUGGAAUAUAUGUCCCGUGCAUAAUUAUAAAAUGAAAGAUUUUGAUCGAGGGCCGUAUACCAUUUUGCUCAUUGGGUUUUGUCAGGCAAGAAGAGUAGAUGAAACUAUGGCGAUAUAUUCUGUUCUUGAGGAUUGCAAGAUCAUUGUCACUCCCCCAAGUUGUGUUAAAUUGAUUCAUGGUCUCUGCAGAGAAGGGAAUCUGGACCUGGCGAUAAAUGUGUUCCUCUAUUCCAUAGAAAAAGGUUUCAUGUUGAUGCCACGAGCUUGCAACCGGCUGCUUUGGUCUUUACUUCGUUCCCAAGAUAAGAAGGAGCAUGUCCUGGAUCUUGCAAGUAGAAUGAAGUCUUUUGGAUAUGAUUUGAAUAGACAUCUUUACCGAAAUACAAAGGCCCUUCUACAUGGUCACAGGAACUCACGGGAAAUGGAAUAUAUGUCCCGUGCAUAAUUAUUGGCCACUGCAGAGGAAUAAAUGACAAUAACGUAUGGUUUUGGCACAAUUCCGGGACAAGCUGUUGUAAAACAAUAGGCUCGGUUGAUAUUGACAACCACCCUCCCUCCAUGAAAUCCUUUUUUUUUUUCCAGCCUUGUAGCCUCCACUGGGAGGGUGGAAUUGGUUCUUAUAGUUGGUGCAUGAAAUAAGUGUUAAUACUACUGAAGAAGUGGAUGACAUGGAUCAUUUCCAAUGCUUCCUAGAAUUUUCUAAUCCAUUCCUGAUUUUUUUUUUUUUUUUUGUAACAUUAUUAACUUGAAAGAGCAAAGGAGAUUCAUUUUAUCUAAAGUUGUUUUCGUGAUUCAUAAUAGUUUGUUCUUUGUUCAGCAUGAUACCUCUUCUGCAGACAAAAAGCAUGGAGUUUUUGACUGUAUGGUUAUUCAAAUUCUGUUCAACUAAUGAUUGUUUAAUUUUUGAAUUUUUAUACUUAAUCUCUGAUGGUCUUAAUAUGUGAUAAUUCUAUGCAGUAUGAUAUAUUUUUUCUUCAUUGAUUUUGUUGUGACUAUAUAUGAUCUACUUGUGUGCUCACAAGAUUGUACAUUUUUACUAUAUAGUUCUCUUUAAGGCUCCAAGUUUUUGGAACUUGAUUACGAGUUAUGCUCUCCUCUCUCUCUCUCUCUCUCUCUCUCUCUCUCUCUCCCAUUGCCUAAAUGGUUUUGCUUAAUUCAAUAAAAGGCUUGCUUGUGCAUAUUAUUCAUUGCACAAUCCACUGUCAUUAUCUAUCAUCUACAACUGCAACUUCUGGAAAGAAGUUCGUUUAUGAACUAACAUCUUGGUUUCUUUUGCAUUUCUUGUGUUGAUAAUUUUUUAGAGGGAGUUCUUAACCAUAAUAUUUUGGACGUUUACUUGCCUACCCGGGCCUCUGAUAGUCUCAUUGUUGACAUGCUCGUUAAGGGCAAAUAUGGCUUUGACUUGUACUGGGAAACUCUCCAAGACCUCAAAAACCUUCAAAUUCCGAUUACUUCCAAUGCUUUUAGGGUGUUAAUUGCAGGAUAUGCCAAGAUGGGUAUGGCUGAAAAGGCCGUGGAAGCGUUCUCUACAAUGAAAGACUUCGAUUGGUGUUGACAUUCAACUUGGAAUGGCAAUUGAUAGUACCAAAGCUACUCUUGCAGUAAAGUGAAGGCUUGCAUGUGAGAUGGUGAAGUACUGGCAGCAGGCUCAAGAUAACAUAAUGAACCUCCCACUAGCAAAUGGUUGGGGGGAAAAGCAUCGACACUGAAAUAUGUCGAAGCAAAGAUAUCCGCCACUCUGGGGAACCAUGAAGUAUCUCUCUGAGAAAAUUCCAAAAGAUACGUCAAGCAAGGUUCGGAUAAACCGUGAUCUGUAC